UGAAAUCCAAUAUCGCAAUUUUGCGAACGGCCGUGUAAAUCUGAGUUGAACACAGCUUUGCUCCAUCAGACAUGCCUCCCAGCAAGCUAUGCAUUACAAGGCUGAGGGAAUAUUCCAAUCCUCGAUGCUCAAAACUCCAUGUAGUUUCCCCUUCAAACUCGGGAUAGUACCAGACUGAUCAAGAAUUCCUAGGCAUUAACCGCAAUUAGACCAUCUGUCUCCUCCGCAGCUUUGCAACGAUUUUUAUACACAACACCUAAUGCUUCCUCUCAGGGCUCCACUCCCGAGCCUAUCACAAGCUAUUAUCUUGGUCAACGUCCACCGCGGACACUUGUUUCAUGCCCCGGACCUUAUUUACAGGGUCGCCGGGCUUCGCGAUUAGCCCGAGCGAUUAUGCCCCGUCCCGGUACUACUGCGGAGACAUAUGUGGCGUACGGAAUGACACAGAAGCUUUUCGAGGCCUGCUCUAGUCAGGCAGAUUAUAGUAUACCACAAGUAUCUCAGAAGGGAGCCCAAAUCCCCAAAACUGAAGCUGGUGAAGAUCUUGGAGUUGGGGAAGGAUGGUGGUAUGAAGACCUUGGCCUCAUACCUACCUUUUCAACCUGGUCCCAAAUCACUUUUCUGCACAUGUACCUCCUAACUGUCCGCUUACGAGCCUUGCCAUCGUACUCAAGUUUUCAAACUUAUUCCCGGCAUCUGAUCGACCACUUCUCGCACAAUGCUGAGCAUCGAAUGGACGUACUACAUGGAUUCACGAGCCGUACUAUUCGGAACAAAUUUCUUAAAGAUCUUUUCAUUCAGUGGCGAGGUGUUCUUGCGGCCUAUGAUGAGGGUCUUGUGAAGGGGGAUGCCGUGCUAGGUGCCGCCGUUUGGAGAAACCUGUGGAAAGCAAGCCAAAAUGGACCGGAUGGGAAGGAGUUGGACUGGUCAAAAAUAGCCCGAGUCGUUGCAUAUAUGCGGCGAGUGACUUCAGAGCUUUCUCGGGUGAACGAGGCGGAUCUCAUCCUCCACCUAAGCCAGCGAAAUGGCGGCAAGCCCGGCAUUUUUGGGUACGCUGAUCUAGACAAGAAACUGGUCGAUGGGAAGCGGUAAUUGUACGAACAAUUUAUUUGGGUAGUGAUUCACUUGCCUUCUUCGCUUCAUCGCUCGUUUCGAUUCAUAUUUGUGUUGUUCCCAAUAGCCUACUGUAUCAUACUACGUCUAUCCAUAUGGAGGACUGACAUUAGCUAGAAAUUUCAUCAUUAUUAUCACUUCAGUUAUGUUGCACAAGAAGACGCAACUACAGGCAU